AUGCAAAGUGCCAUCGUAUGGCCACAGCCGGCUGCAAAGAAAGGCGUCCCACAGCGUGGCUAUUGUGUGCCAAGAGUCGCACGAGUCGCCCGAGUCACAGGCAAACUGCAGCCUUCUUCUGAGACACAACUAAUCACCGCGGUUGCUACGGGGCUCCUACUACGUAGCAGGAGAUCUUGCUUUAGAACUCAACGCUUUGCAAGCCAAGACUUGUUUUCAGCAGCUGCUCUGCAUCAACCCUUGGGAGACCCUUCCGACGUGCAGGAAUGGCUGCCUCGAGCGUUUGAGGCUGCAAACGGCACUUUCUUCCACGGCAAGCUGCAAGUCGAGAGCAUCCGUGUGGAUCCCUCCUGGCACCUACGAGGCGGAGCAGGUGGCACACACACUGCCAGCAAAUGCAUCGUCUUGGAUCCCUCAGUGCACGGGAGUUACAGAGAUCUUUGUGGAACAUUGUUCCACGAAAUGUUGCACCUGCAGAUCAAGGAUGCUGAUGAGUGUGAACAUGGUCCGAUCUUUCUGCGGAGCUGCUUGGACUUGAACGAGGCCAUUCGCAGCACCGGCCUGGCUUGCUUCUGCCGGCUUGGGGAAUUCGACACUGCGUUGGAUCGGAAGUUGUUUGAAGAAGCCGGGCUGCCAGCGUUUCUCUGUGAUGGCCUAGCAAGCUCGGGGUCCCAUUCCUGGGAUGCAGGGCUUUUGGCCGGCGAUCUCCGGGAAGCAUCGGGGAAUGCUGAUGCCGAUGGCUCCAAGCAGGCCUCGCAGUUGCAGCUUUUGGCGUCGGCACGUUCCUGCCGUAAGGCUCUCCAAGUGGGUUUCCCCUCCUGGGCCAUGCGCAGCCGCACCAUGAGCCAGUAUUGUGCGGUGAGCUCAGGCAGAGACUAUGCCGUGUUUGCGGACUACGAAGCCUUGUGGGCUUUGUGA